CAGACUUCAAUUGCAACGACCUCAUUGUUAUUCAGUUGUUCUGUUUGACAACGCCCUUCGUUCACUUGAAGAGUAUUCCUGUAUGGGAGCUACAGCAACAACCACAUCAUGGAAAUGAAGAUGACUAUGGGUUUGCUUCUUCUAUUGGCGAUCGUUGUAGCAUUUAUUCCAAAUGUUUCGGCACGAAGCAAGCAAAAUUUUGAAACAGGACAUCAUUUAGUCCUGGAACCAGAACAUUCUGACCUCAGCGAAAACCAAGUGAAUGCUAAGUCUGACAGCAAACAACAGUCACGAGAAAAGGAUGCUGGACAAGACAUUCUGAAUGACCAACCGCCUCUCCAGGGUCCUGGUCAAGUCAACACCCGACUACCUGGAGUCGACUUCGCUUUGUACGGGUACAACAGUCUGAAGGGAUGCCCACUGGCACCAGGUCGCGAUCCUGGCUUCACCUUGCCAUUAUUCUCUGCUGACUACAGUGCAGGUCAAGUGAUCACGGACAAUAGCUACAGUGUGCCACGUGGGGUGAUUCUUGCACCGGAUGUGUCGUGUGUAACGUCCUUUACAUCAGAGGUCAUUCAGACUCCCUAUGACCUCACCAAGUUUAUGAGUCACACAGCGCAACUCGAUGGCGGCAGUUGGGGGGCUCCAUUUGCGGCCAACCCUGUCUUUCAGAAAAUUCUCGCUGAAUUGAGACAGAAAGUCCUGAUCGUGUCAUCAGUCACUUGCAGUUCAUAUCUUGUUUCUCUUUUACAUUUAGAGCCACCACCAUUCCAUUCAAUGUUCCUAAAGUGGGUCCUGAGACUUAAUAAUACAAGUGAUGAGCACCUUUACCUGGAAUUUCUUGACACCUACGGCACACACUUUGUCUCACAAGUCCGCCUGGGAGCUUCGCUAACUUUGGUGCACAAAAUGGAGACUAGCAACUACAACAGGUAUGGACAGGGUCACGUGACGGCUUCUGCAAACUAUUUAUCUGCUUCGCUACUUGGAGAGUCUGAGACCUUAAGUUCCAAUCAGAAGAAACAAGCAGACGAGUUUCAAAGUCAGAUAGAAACAAGUACAAUCGGUGUUGGGGUACCUCCCACUACCAGCGCCAGUAGCUUGGCCUGGCUUACACAAGUAGGGAACAACCCGGUCGCCAUUAACUAUGUCUUGACUCCAAUAGACCUUCUGUUCUCAAAAACAUUUGUCGGUGACUGGAGUCCUCUAAAUCGCGACUCUGUUGAUCUUGACAGGAUAAAAACCAAACUAAUAACUAUUAAGAAGAAAUAUUGUCAGACUUUAAAAGAAGAAGUGAGUUAUCAGACUGUGAAGAGCCCACACCUGGAUUACAUCUCAGUCGUACGAGGCUAA